UGUAGCCGAAUGCUCUUGUAAAUAACAUUUCUUUGCUAACUAUUGAAUAAAAAUGGAGAGUAAGGAUCAAGAUAUCAAUGAGGUGAAAAGACUGUACAGAAGCAGUUUCAGGAAAACCUGGGAUCCCUUUAUGUUGAAAACGGUAAACGAUGAAGAAGAAAUCACUGGGAAAUUUGUGUUGCUCUUGCAGUACAUAAUCUGCUUUAUCUUUGGAGUUUGUGUUCUGGGAUUUAUCUUUCUUAGCAAGACCAGUCUUCUCUUAUUGAUCAGCACUUCAAACACUCACUCACCCUUUGAAAACAAACCUUUCAAUCACCUUGUCUUAGCUUGUGUAUUAUUGGUGCCUAAUGUUCUGGCAUUUGCAAAGGCCUUAUGGAAAACAGCAUUUGGAUCAUCCAUCGCUCCCCCACCGAGUAUUCUAGGAAUGGUUUGCAUGAUUGAAGCAGUUGUUGCUUUUGGUACUUCAGUCCUGGUGCUGGUCUGCAUGCCUCACUUUGACAUUAUAACUAAUCUGUACAUUUUGAAUGGCGUUUGCCUUCUUCCCUCUCUUCUACAAGUAAUGUUUCAGUUGAAACCGCUUAAACCUUCUAUGUUGCUCCCACUGGUCGGCUUUGGCUUUGUUUCCCUGGGCCUCGUACUUUUUAUUUUAGCUCACAACCCUCAAAAACAUUUAGAGGAAGUUCAACACAUUCAACGGUAUGUGGCCCUUGCAAUUGUUGCCUUAAUCUUCACUUCAUUCAACUGGUGGGAAAACUUUACAUUGUACUGCAAAAUUGGAGUGAUGGAAAAUAUAAGGAAAAGCUUGCGCCACACCAGAAACAUCACAUAUAUUUUUACCAGUACAGUUCGAAUUCUGGUCACUGGUGCCGUAGUGGCAACGUGGAUCCCAAUGAAGGGAUAUAACUGGAAAGAUGUGAAAACAGUCUCGCAAUUCGAUUUAAAAAUGAUCUUGAGCCUCUUUGGAAUACAGGCGAUUUCUUCCGCCCUUUGCCACUGGUUUGGGGUUCUGGUGUGUAAAAUGCAUGCGGUCAGACGCAGCUUCAUUGUGCCUUCCAUAUUAGCCACUCCAAUUGUGUUUUUUGCUUUUUUGAUUGUGUUGUAUGAUAGUUCGACUAAAUAUGGUGAAGCGGCUGCUUUUAACUUGACUGCCGUCUGCCACAGUUUAAAAACCUCCAAUGAUAGCGACGCUGUACAAAUCCUGCUUUUAGAAAUUCCUCGCAGCCUUUGCAGAGCGCCUGCAAUAUUAGAUUCCAACAGAAUUGGCUUGGCGCUGCUGGGCUCCUUGGCUAUCUGCUUUUGGCUAGGGCUAUUUUUCUCAACAUUCUACGUGUGGGGCCAACACAUUCAACGGAUUGAAAGGACAUCGCAGCUGUUUGUUCGAUGGCUGUACGAAACAGUCUUCAUGGAACAGUCAAUGCUGCUCAAUACACGAGUCCAGCAAAAGAGAGAGGAAAAAAUUAAAAGGAAAUCGGACCAUGUCAUGAUAUAUCUGUGUGCAACAAUGUGGCAUGAAACAGUGGAUGAAAUGGCAAAGAUCCUUACUUCAAUAUUCAGAUUGGACAAAUACAAACCAAACUCUUCAAAAUCCCACAAAGACAAUUUUGACUUUGAAGCACACGUUUAUUUUGAUGAUUCUUUUCAUCUCACCAGUCCAGAUAACAAUGUGCAGGAAAGAGUUGUGAAUCAAUAUGUGAAGAACCUCAUUUGCAUAAUGGAGGACAUUUACAAGAUAUUUUCACGUGAAAAGCAGACUUUGAAGGAUGAAGAAGAUGAGGAAUUGGUAAAGCAAACCAUAAUGGAGACGCCUUAUGGUGGAAGAAUCACCUACACCCUUCCAUAUGGAAACACACUAUAUGUUCAUCUGAAAGACAAGCAGAAAAUUCGGCACAAGAAGAGAUGGUCUCAAAUCAUGUACAUGUAUUAUCUGCUGGGAUGGAAGUUAAAUAGAAAGUAUAUUACCCUAUCAGAAAAAUUUGAAGAUGAAAUGUCCACUGCAAAUGCCUUAAAGAUUGAGAAGGAGAACACAUACAUUCUGGCCUUGGAUGGCGACACUGACUUCCAACCCUCAGCUUUAAUCUUGUUAGUUGACAGGCUGAGACGAUAUCCCCAUGUCGGGGCUGCAUGUGGUAGAAUACAUCCAACUGGAACUGGUCCUAUGGUAUGGUACCAGAAGUUUGAAUAUGCUGUUGGUCACUGGUUACAGAAGACGGCUGAACACGUGUUAGGCUGCGUACUGUGCAGUCCAGGAUGCUUCAGUUUGUACAGGGCUGCAGCCCUAAUGGAUAAUAACGUGGUUAAAAAAUAUACCACCAAAGCCACUGAAGGACAGCAUUUUGUCCAGUACGAUCAAGGAGAAGACCGUUGGCUAUGUACAUUAUUACUACAGCAGGGCUGGCGUGUAGAAUACAAUGCAGCUUCAGAUGCCUACACAAAAGCACCACAGGAGUUCAGAGAAUUCUACAAUCAACGACGCCGUUGGGUGCCAUCGACUUUGGCAAAUACAAUUGACCUUUUGAACAGCGGAGCACCAACCUCCAGGAGAAACCCCUCAAUUUCAAAACUCUACAUUCUGUACCAGAUUAUUGGAACAGCAGCAUCGAUUCUGGGUCCUGCCACUGUGGUUUUGAUGAUAGCAGGAGCAUUUACCUUUGUGUUUAACUGGAAUGGAAAUGUUGCUCUGGCACUUGGGAUCUUGCCUCCUGCCAUCUACAUACUGAUCUGUUACAAAGUCAAAUCAGAUACCCAGAUCAAUAUUGCUGCUGUUCUGAGCAUCUUUUAUGCCUUUCUCAUGAUUGCAACGAUAGUGUCCAUUAUUGGUGAAAUGGUCAGAGAAAAUACCUUUAUUACUCCAACAGGCUUGUUCUUUAUCUCCAUGAUGAUCCUUUACAUUUCAACUGCAAUGCUCCAUCCUCAGGAAUUCCCCCUUGUGUUUUAUGGGCUGCUAUACAUAAUUUGUAUCCCCAGUGGAUACUUGCUGUUGCCAAUUUACUCCAUGGUAAACAUGAAUAACGUUUCAUGGGGCACACGUGAAACAGUCAGUCCAAAGGUACAGGACAAAAAGAAACCUCAGCAUGUUCUGCGAUAUGAAAAGAAAUGCAAAUGCAUCUGUUGGGAUAUUGAAUUUGUAGUCAAAGAGGAUAAAAAGGAACUAACUCAACAUACAGACAGUAUAACUGAUGAAGAGGAAGAAAUCAAGCCCAGAGUUGAAGAUAAUUGGAUAAGUAACUUGCAAGUGCAGUCACUACAUAUACUGCUUGUUGAAGAAGAGCUUAAUGAAACAGAAAAGCCAUUCUGGAAUGACCUCAUCAAUCUGUAUCUUAAACCAAUUGAGGAAGACAAAGAGAGACAGGCAGAAAUAGCAAAGCAACUGAAGUCUCUCAGAAACAAGGCCACUUUUCUGUAUUUCAUUAUUAAUGCUUUGUGGAUCGUUUCAACAUUUUUCCUACAAGCAAUUGGUCCAGAGAUAAACAUCAAGAUCCCAAAAAUCCUCCCAAAUGGUAUCUUUUCAGAAGAUGAAAUUCUAAACAUCGAACCACUCAGUUUCAUGUUCUUGGUAUCGUUCGCUGGGUUAUUGGGAAUUCAGUUCCUCACCAUGUUGUACCACAGGAUUAACACACUCAUUCACUUUAUAGCAUACAAAGGAACUGAAAUGAAACCGCAACAGAGUGUUGGAAAGUAUCACCAAAUGUAUAAAGAUCAUGAGGUUUGAUAUUAUACCGGAGAAAAACCAGCAGAGCUUGAGAAGAAUCAAACUGCAUCUCACCAGCUUCACACUAAUGCUACCAUUACCGUCUGUGUGAAACACAACUAACAACUUCUCAGGGAUAUUACAGCAAAGUUCUGUGGUUCAUGUUACAAAUCAGAAAUAUAUACAAUGAGAGAGUUAUUUUUCAAUAUAUUAACAAUACCUUAUGCAAAUAGGCUGAGAGAUUUGUUGGUGCUGCAUCCCUUUGUAAAUAGGCACCUAAGUGCCAUAAUGGCUGGAGGCAAAUGCAAGUACAUUCCAUUUGGUACAACUCUUCUUGCCUCUCCUCUCAUCCUGGCCUCUGCUCAUCACCUGAAACGGCAUCUAAACCAGCCAUUCCUUGUAUAUCCUGGGACCAACGCGCUGUCUUGAUGCUGUGACUGGUGUUCACAGCUCGCUGGUUUCAGGAAGAAUGAUGAUUGGAUGUCUUGGACAUCGACUCAGACGAAUGAGGCCAUUGGGCCUAUUCUGCAUAGUUCUGCCAUUAGCCACAACUGGCAUGAACAAUUUGUGCUGCACUAGGAUUACAGCCCGAUUUGGAAGCCACCAAAUUAUUAGGCUAUAAAAUAAGUAUAAACAUUUUUAAAAAUAAGUAGACUUUUCUGAAAUAUUGUUGGGCCUAUGUUAUGACAUCUGGUUAAUGCGCCCUACAUCUGAACUAAUCUCAAUAUGGAGAGAAUAACUGUAAUAAGAUAAACAUCGCCAAAAAUUAGAUUGACCGAAUAACUCAGGGACAAAUAAGUUUUGAUCAGCCUCGGGAUUGUAAGUAAUUACUGUUACACAUGCCAAAUUAUGACAUAAUCUACUUUUGACACUCACUAAAUUGAUGAAUUAGGAAGAUAAUUUCCUCCAUGUGCCAUAUAUUGCAAAACUCUUAACUAUAUUAUUUAUUAAACUUUUCCAAUUUUAUUACACAUUGACCACAAAGGAAAUCUUUUCCCUAAGAGUCAUACAGAGAUGCAGCAGUAAGCCUUCAUUCCUCCUGUACUGAUUCUCUUUUGGUUAACAUCUGGCCCACUUGUUCCGUACUGGAUAUGUGUGGUGAGGACAGGACCUUGCAAUAGACCUUAUUUUUCCCAUAUGCUAAUCAGCUUUACCCAAGUUCUUAAAAUGGCCAAAAUUUGCAAAUAGCCAAGAUCUAAAGAUGACCAUUGGAUAUAGAAAGAGAUUAUAUACUCGCUUGCGUGUGCAAUGACCAUCAACUGAUACAUCUAAAAUAUAAACGUGAAAGAUGAAGAUAAUUUUGCAUACAAAUGCAUGUGCACAAGACCCACACGUUAUAUGCAUCAUGCUAAACAUAAGGAAUUAUUAAUGUGCAAUUAUGAUACUUUACAAUUGAUCAUGAAUUCACAAACCAUGCCUUUGCACAAAAUGAUCAGUUGUUCUAGUCUCUGUUUACAAUAAUCUUGAAGAUGCAAAAUGUUUAAUGCAAAUAUGAAUGUUAAUUUAUGAAAUAAUGAAGUUACUUAUUAAAUGUAUCAUCUAUCAAAUGUGACCUGUUACUUAUUUACAUUUAAAGUGCAAUUGUGUUAAGUUUCGUCUGUGCACUUUUCACAUUAUAAGACAAGCAUGCUUCAUGUACACAGAAUUCUGAUUCAAAUGUAGAACUCCCGUGUAUCAGAUCAUUCCUUUCUCACUCUGCAGAAUUUUAAAGCAUCAACCAUUUCUUAUUCUCUCCAGUUUACAGAUUUCCUGAUCCAAACAAAAACACAGAAUCCUGCCAUGAUGAGAUGUUCCUGAUUAACCUUUUCUAAUAUUCCGCUAAUGGACUAAUGUCCAUUGAAUUUUUGGAGACAAUUAGUGCAUUUUAGAAACAGUGGAUUUAAUUUUAUAUAUGCUCUUUUUGUGGGUUUUGCUUUUAGGAUUAAUUUACUGAAUGAAUAGCUAACCGAUCUGUGGUACACAUUUUAAAAUGGACUAAGUUUGUGCAUAAUUUAUUGGAAUGCUCAACAAAGGGUGAACCUGGCCUAAACAAUACUUUUUAACAACGGGUGACCACUGUGAUUUAAUUUCUGUUCCAUACUUACUGCUCCAAAUGUGAAAAUGACCUCUGUUAUAAGUAGAUAAUCUCUGAUGCUUACACUAAUAACUGUAUUCAUAAAAUUACAUCAUACAUGUGACAGGGUGAAUGUUUAACCACAUCUUCAAGGUACCUAAUCAUUGGUAUGUGAAACCGUUGCUUACUUAAUAAACUGGUCUUAUGCUAAA